CGGUAUUGGCGACGUCUGGAUCAACAACAUCAUAUAUUACUUGCAAUUAUUUUGCCUACUUGUGGCAGUGAUGGUUCUUGUGGUUGAUACAAUAUAUUAAUUCUUUGACUUUGACAACCGUGUCCUGCGGACUCAGAUCGUGACAUCAAAAUAAAGGUCCUUAUCAACGGUGAUCUCUCCACUUCUCGAUCGAGAAGUAACGCCAACGAUGGCUUCGCAUUCGGCAUUUGCGUCCGGAAGGGAUCAGAAAUCGGAGAUCCGACGUAGGAACAUUGGCGAAACCACGAAGGGAGACAACAAUGUCCCAACUAUUUCCAUUUCGGAUACUAAGGGAGUCGCGAAGGGUAAUUCUAUUCUGGAUGUCCUUGACGAGUGGGAAUUUGUGAUUGCUCCAAUAAUCUUCACGGCCUUUUCAUUCUUCACUCGUAUGUACCGUAUUGGGUUGUCCAAUAUUGUUACGUGGGAUGAGGCUCACUUCGGAAAAUUCGGUUCCCAUUACCUCAAGCGUGAAUUCUACUUCGAUGUGCACCCGCCCCUCGGUAAGAUCCUCGUUGGCCUGUCAGGUUACCUGGCGGGAUAUAACGGCUCGUUCGAGUUCAAGUCAGGAGAGCACUACCCAGAAGAUGUCAACUAUACUUUUAUGCGAGUCUUCAAUGCCUUCUUCGGUGCCAUCUGCGUCCCUCUCGCAUACUACACAGCCCGUGAAUUGAACUUCCGUCGACCAACUGUCUGGCUGGUCACCCUGAUGGUCCUAUUCGAGAACUCCUACGCUACCAUCUCAAGAUUUAUUCUCCUGGAUUCCAUGCUCCUUUGCUUUACUUUUACAACUGUUCUUUGCUGGGCCCGAUUCCAUCGGCUACGAAACCAGAGUUUCUCUGUUGAGUGGUUUGUAUGGCUUUUCCUCACAGGUGUUAGUAUCGGUUGUGUCUGCAGUAUCAAGCUCGUGGGCUUGUUCUGUACUGCUCUUGUCGGGCUUCACACCGCUGAAGAUCUUUGGAAUAAGUUUGGUGACGUCAAGAUGCCUAUGACGACGCUAGCUCGCCAUGUAGCUGCGAGAGUUGUUUGUUUGAUUAUUGUGCCACUGCUCGUUUAUAUGUUCUCUUUCUAUCUUCAUUUCUUGAUUCUUGAGAAUACCGGUCCUGGAGAUGCCCAGAUGAGUUCUCUCUUCCAAGCCAAUCUAAAGGGAACCGAGGUUGGCCGGGAUAGCCCUCUUGAAGUAGCAAUUGGCUCUAGGGUCACUUUGAAGAACAUGGGUUAUGGUGGAGGACUCCUUCACUCUCAUGUGCAAACAUAUCCCGAAGGAUCGACUCAGCAGCAAGUGACCUGUUACCAUCACAAGGAUGCAAACAAUGAUUGGUUCAUGUAUCCGAAUAGGUAUCAGCCGGAAUACGAUCCUGAAACACCAUUGAGGUUCAUCGGCGAUGGGGAUGUUAUCCGUUUGAUUCACGCUCAGACUGGCCGGAACUUGCACUCGCAUAGUGUUGCAGCCCCUAUUACCAAGGCUGAUUGGGAAGUGUCCUGCUAUGGCAAUACCACUGUUGGAGAUGAGAAGGAUCACUGGAAGAUUGAAGUUGUCAGCGACGCUGCAUCCAGAGACAAGAGCAAAAUCCGUACUCUUACAACUGCUUUCCGACUCCGCCAUGAAUCUCUUGGAUGUUAUCUGAGAGCCGGAACUGUGAAUCUCCCUCAGUGGGGUUUCAAGCAGAUUGAAACAACAUGCGUGAAGGAGAACAAGCCCCGCGAUGUUUACACCCACUGGAACGUUGAAACACAUGUCAAUGAGAGACUGCCCCCUGGAGAUCCCGGCUCGUACAAGUCGCCAUUCCUCAAGGACUUCAUUCACUUAAAUGUUGCUAUGAUGACAUCGAACAAUGCACUUGUCCCUGAUCCCGACAAACAGGAUGAUUUAGCUUCCAAGUUCUGGCAAUGGCCAAUUUUACAUGUCGGUUUAAGAAUGUGCUCCUGGGAUGACAAUGUUGUCAAGUACUUCCUGUUGGGAAAUCCCCUGGUCUACUGGGGAAGUACUGCCAGCCUUGUGGGAUUCGGUCUGAUCUUCGCCUGGUACCUUAUCCGAUGGCAGCGUGGCUAUGUAGAUCUUAGUCCCAGUGAAAUCGAUCAAAUUCACUACGCUGGAGUCUAUCCUGUGAUCGGUUGGGUUCUCCACUAUCUCCCAUUCGUCGUCAUGGCUCGUGUUACCUAUGUUCAUCACUACUACCCUGCUCUUUAUUUCGCCAUCUUGACUGCCGGAUUCUGCGUUGACUGGUUUACGCGAAGACUCAGCACCAAGGUACAAUGGGUCAUCUAUAUCCCUCUUUACAUUGCUGUGAUCUCUUUGUUCUUUGUGUUCAAAGAUAUUGUGUUCGGUAUGGAGGGACCAAACCGCCAGUGGGCAUACUUGAAGUGGCUGAGCACAUGGCGCAUCAGCGACUAGGCUGAUUUCUGACUGCAAGUCUAGAGGUUGUCUAUCGCUCUACGCCCACACGUAUCCUCCACACACACCCACACACGCUCUCCCUCUCUCUUCUCUUAAGCUGAGGUAAUUCUUGUUUUGUAUUUUAGAAAGCUUUAUGCCGUGUUAGUUGUCAUGACUCGACAUUUGGAAGCUAUUGGCUAAUUGGUUGAGCAUAUCAUCU